UUACGAAUUCCAUGAUUCCGAAGGUGAAAGAGAUCACUGCUAGACUGAAUAGUUUGACUACUCGAAGAAGUAGUUUGGGGUUGAGUGAGAUCUUGUCUCAAGCUCCAACCUCCAAGGGAAAGCAACCUAGGCUGCAACCAACUUCCGUACUGGAUGGAGUUGUGGAGUAUGUUGGCAGACACAAGGAGAAGACAGAAAUGAUUGAGUUUCUCAAAGGUGAUAACUCCAACGGAGUUUCAGUCCUUUCCAUCGUCGGCAUGGGAGGGAUGGGUAAAACAACUCUUGCUCAGCUUGUUUACAAUGAUGCCACCAUCAACCAGUCUUUUCACCACAAAGCCUGGGUAUGCGUUUCUGAUAAUUUUGACGCAGUUAAUAUAACCAGGACAAUUUUAAAAUCCAUCGAUCCUGACUCUCGUGACGAGAAUGACUUGAAUUUACUUCAAGUUAAGUUGAAGGAGAAGUUGUCUGGGAAAAGAUUCUUGCUUGUUUUAGAUGACAUUUGGAACGAGAAUUAUAAUGAUUGGACCAUCUUACGGUCUCCGUUUGGAGCAGGGACCCAUAUCAUUGUAACCACUCGUCUUCAAAUUGUUUCAUCUAUUGUGGAUCCGCUCAAAGCUUUUCAUUUGGAUAAACUAUCGGAUGAUGAUUGUUUAUCCAUAUUUACACAGCAUGCAUUAAAAGCAAGAAAUUUUGAUGGACAUCUCCAGUUUAAAGAAAUUGGAGAGAAAAUUGUUAGAAGGUGCAAUGGCUUACCUUUGGCUGCAAAAGCCAUUGGAAGCUUGCUUCGCACGGUUAAAUAUCAUGGAAAAUGGGAAAGAAUAUAUGAGAGUGAGAUAUGGAACUUACCAGAAGAGCAGUGUGGCAUAAUUCCAGCUUUGCGGUUAAGCUACCAUCAUCUUCCGUCAUACUUGAAACGAUGUUUUGCUUAUUGCUCCAUACUUCCUAAAGACUAUGAAUUUGAGGAAGAAGAAAUUAUCUUGUUAUGGAGAGCAGAAGGUCUCUUGCAACAAAAAGCUAUGCCUCAAAUUAAAGAUCUCGGAAAUCAAUAUUUUCAAGAUCUAGUGUCCAGGUCAUUUUUUCAGACAUCCAGUAAAGAUAAGUCCCGAUUCUUUCAAACAUCCAGUAAAGAUAAGUCCCGAUUCGUAAUGCAUGACCUUAUCAAUGAUUUAGCUCAAGUAGUUGCAGGGGAAAUAUGCUCAAAAUUAGAGGGUGAUAAGAAAUGGAAGUUCUCAAAUCGCACUCGACAUUCUUCUUAUAUUGUUGGAACAUAUGACACAGUGAAGAAGUUUGAAGCAUUUGAUCAAGUGAAUUCUCUACGUACUUUUUUACCCAUAAUGUGUGAUAUCGGGCCCCUUUUUUAA